AUGGCAAGUUUCGCGGUGUUGUUCCUGUUAGUUUUGUUGGUGGUGCACCCAGAUGCGUCAUCCUGCAGGUGCAUAGUCCAAGAUGGCCGCCUGCAUUGUACUGAGGUGUGUGAUUCGGAUGCUGUUUGGGCGCCCGAAUUGGAGGGCAGGAUAGUUUUGACUGGUCCUGUCUUGGACUUUGGCUGUCUGAGUUUCUUCAGCAUUAAGGUUGUUGAGUUGCUGAAGCGAACUCGAUGCGAAGGGGCUUUCAUAGCUUCUGCUGUCGACCCGGCUGAAUUGUGUGUCGGUUAUGUUUUGAGAAUGGAUCCGACGGAGGUCACCCCCAUGGUUCCGACAUCGACGAUUCCAACAACAAUGUUGACAUCGGUUGCUGCAACGACAGUGACAUCCACAGCGGCGACAUCUCUGCCUUCUUCGAGUGCAGCUACUUCCACGCCGGCGCCGAUCACCAAGUCAGUCAUAUCAACAGUGACUGAUGCCUCUCCGUCAGUUUCUACAACAAAAACAGAAACUACGACCGUCCCUGCAAUCAAACCAUCCAUUUUGAUAUCCAUCUUGAACAACUUUUUGGAUAUUCCGGAAACAACGCUUUUUGCCGGGGAUCAUGCUAAUGUCACCCUAACGGUCAUUGAGGGAAAAGCUGUCUUGGGUGCUGAAACUUCUACGGAGGUUCUUUCAAGAUGGGCUGUGGGACUAAUCAGCGGCCUGAGUUUGACGGUUUUUGGGCUGGCGUUUGGGUGGCUGGCCCAUUGUUUGAGGAAGAAGCCUUGGUUGCAGCCAUUCCUGAGGUUGGUGGAGGAGGCCAGGAGGGUGCUGACGCUGCUGGUGACACCUGUAUCGUCCCCUUUACCAGCGCCAUCAUUGGCUGAAGUGGUUAUGGAUCUCCUGUCCUUGGAUCUCACUCCUUUGGCUCUUCCACUUCCCAUUCCAGCUGUGGUUCGUGAUACAGAAGAGGCUCAAGACUUCACGGUUAAUGUUAGCUCUGAUGACUUUGUUUUGGUCGCAGAAGAGUAG